GUCCAAAUUGGGGUACUUUUUUUUGUCGUUUUUACUAUUUUAGCAAGCACCAAGCUCCUCCACAAUUUAGUACUGGAGUUACUUGGAGAUUGACCACAGCUCAGACUUACAAUUACUGAAUUCUCUCGCGAAAAUGAAGCUCACACUUUUCCUCGCAAUUACUCUCGUUGUGCUUCAAACACAAGGAGUGUUUUCAUACCUUUAUCAAAAAGAGAACCGAUACUCCAACAUUUUAAAGAAAUACUCUGACAUUUCGCAACCAGAAGUUUCUGGGCUGAAUUUGAAAAUAACGGACGAUUCCGUUAAUAAUUUAGUGGAUAAAUUGAUAGCUGAAAUCGGCGAUGAGGAUGAAGACGUUGACCGGUCUCUGUUUGAAUUUGAGGACAACGAUGAUUUUAAUGGCUUUGAGGAUGUCGAUUUGAAUUCAUGGGGCUCUGAGAAAAAUGUGAAAUAUACGCCCUACCCAAUACAACAAAAUACUGUUGUGACCUCCACCGUGGGAAAAUGGGGCUGUGUGUAUUCUCGAAUUUUCUCAAUUUCCUCCAACAAAACCAAAUCGUUUUGGAAGGUGCAUGAAACUUCGAAGCAAGGAGGACAGAUUUCCUCAGAUGUUCAAGGUUCCAUCGACACCAAGCUGACGGUAACAUCAUCCGGCAAGGUCUCGGGUUCCGUCAAUAACACCGUGUACUUCGAGGGCAAAGAAUAUAAGACCAAAAUCGGAGUCGAAACAAGUCUCAAGACCACCGAGGUCGACACUAAAGUUGGAAAGAAGGAACAAAGGUUCAUUUCUUCCUCAAAUGCCACCAUAAAAACCAACGUCCAAGUCCAAAACAAAACCAUUCCAAUAGGAAUUACCGUGAGCUCGAAGGCAGAAACAUUCACAGCCCCCUUCAGAGUUUAUCUCACUCUGUUUGAAUCCGACUGGGAGUUGAAUUUCUCUGCAGAUAAGAAAUUUUCUGGACAAGUCAGAGGCGAAGUUACAUCUCGAGUAGUAUUUUCCAAGAAUGGAAAAUCUUUGACAAAAUCGUGGAUCAAGGGAUACGUAACAGCCGAAGGGGAUCAAAUUUGUUCAGUCAAAAUGUUUAAGGUUGGAUCUCACGUUUUCACGAAGACUGCCACGAAGGAGGAAUCAAGCGAAUCGAACGAGAGCUCGACUUAUGAAGACGAUAAUGCAGUGACCAUUGACGUUUGCACUUAUUCUAAAGGAAAGGUUUACGAGAGGGCGGAGGCCAAAGGAAACGUGACAGUAUUCGCAGGAAGUGGAGCAGUUAGUUAUGAAAAGGAUGUAAUUAGUGUGCCCACUUCUUUAGCACAACACGAGUACGGAAUUCACUGGAUGGUCAAAAAUUUGCUUAAUAGAAAAUUGGCAAGUUGGGGUAAACCAUCAACCGACAUUCUUAAUGUGUAAGACUUGAAACUGGAAGGACAAUAAAUAUAUAAUACUUAAGACCAAUACAAUUUAACUUGUUAUCAAAUAAAUGUUUCAAUAAAUAAGUUGAAUAUUCCUAUGAACCGUAUUACUG